UUUGGUUCAUUCUGGCUUCGUGGGUCUCUCCCACUUCCUCUUUCCACCCUUUACGAUCUGAUUCUCCCACACGAUCUCCCAAUUCAGAUCCUUUGGAAAAAAAGGUUCGCGCCUGAUUUUAAUAUCUGAGGUGUUAUUUGCGAUUCAUUAAAGCAUCCAACACAUUUUCUCUCGAUCAAGGUCCUGUGGAGUGAAGAACUGCAUAGAAAAAGAUGUUUGGUGCAUCUAACCCUUUUGGGCAAUCAUCAAGUAGCCCGUUUGCAUCCCAAUCUGUUUUUGGCCAGACCAGCAAUGCAAGUAGCAAUCCCUUUGCACCUAAACCUUCCUUUGGUAGUCCAAAUCCUUUUGGUUCCCAAACAGGGGUUUCAUUAUUUGGGGGUACUUCUACUGGAGUGUUCGGUGCAGCCCAAUCUUCUUCUCCCUUCUCCUCAACAACUUCCUUCGGUGCCUCAUCAUCUCCAGCUUUUAGUUCUUCUACACCUGCUUUCGGCAGUUCAUCAUCAUCUUUUGGUGGAUCUUCUCUGUUUGGUCCGAAGCCUGCAUUUGGCUUUGGUUCUACUCCCACUCAAUCAAUUCCUUUUGGAAGCACAAAUCAGCAAUCUCAACCUGCAUUUGGUAGUGGUAUAUUUGGUUCCUCCACACCUUUUGGUUCAUCUCAGUCUGCGUUUGGUUCCAGUCCUGCCUUUGGUACCACUAGCACCCCGGCUUUUGGUGCCACAAGCACCCCUGCCUUUGGUGCCUCAAGUACUCCUGCAUUCGGUGCCACAAGCACUCCUGCGUUUGGUGCCACGAGCACCCCUGCCUUUGGUUCAACUGGAAGUCCAGCAUUUGGGAGCACUGGAACAGGAUUUGGUGUGUCUAAUGCCCCGGUCUUUGGAACUGGAGGCACAUUUGGGGCGUCAAGCUCACCUUCUUUUGGCACUUCCGCCACUCCUGCUUUUGGAGCUUCAGGUUCUGCUUUUGGGGGUUCAAGCACUCCUGCUUUCGGAGCAUCUUCUACUCCAUCGUUCAGCUUUGGGUCUAGCCCAGCCUUUGGUCAAUCAACACCAGCAUUCGGUAGUAGUCCAUAUGGAACAACAUCAUUUGGAGCCCAGAGUUCUCCGUUUGGAACCCAAUCUUCUGUCCCGGCAUUUGGAAGCUCUAGCCUUGGCCAGUCACCGUUCGGUGGUCAACGAGGGGGAAGUCGAGUAGCUCCUUACACACCUACAACUGAUGCAGAUAGCGGGAGCGGGCAGCCAAGUGCAAAGUUAGAGUCAAUAUCAGCUAUGCCUGUUUACAAAGAUAAAAGUCACGAGGAGCUGAGAUGGGAGGAUUAUCAAUUAGGAGAUAAAGGUGGACCGCAGCCAGCUGCUCAGUCUACUGGAGGGAUUGGGUUUGGGGCGUCAUCUGCAUCUACAAGUCCUUUUGGUUCUUCAACAUUUGGUCAACCAUCUUCAAAUCUUUUCUCCAGCGCAAGUACCAAUCCAUUUAGUAUAAAACCUCCAUCCUUCAGUAGUUCAGGUUUUGCAACCUCGACUACUACAUCAAAUCCUUUUCAAUCAACAUCAUCAAGCCUUUUUGGCCAAACUUCAUCAACUUCAUUAUUUAGUUCAUCGCCCAGUCCUACAUUUGGAACUGGUUCAUCUCUCUUUGGUUCGUCUGUCACUCCAUUUUCACCUUCGCCGUCCAUUUUUGGUGCUGGUGUAACUCCUGCAACAACUUCAGCAUUUGGCACUGGCUUAAAUUUUGGCAACAGUCAGACAUCACCUUUGUUCAGUUCUUCCCCUGCAAUUGGGCAGACAGGCAAUGCUUUUGGCCAGAUGACCUCUAACUUUGGACAGAAUACUACUAUCUUUGGUCAAACAAGCAUUUUCAACACACCUUCCACUGGAUUUAGUGGGAAUCUCUUUUCAAGCUCUCCAGCCGUGGCUCCUAGCAACUCAGCUGCCUUUGGAACAACUCCCUCUUUUGCUUUACCUUUUCAGCCAGCUCAGACCAGUGGUGCUUUCAGCUUUAGCAAUUUUAAUCAGACACAAUCAGGUGGUGGAUCAGGCAUUUUUGGUCAGAGUAAUAUUGGCCUAUCGUCUGCUACCCCUAGUGCUGCUGUAGUACAAUCAGGGACUAUUAUAAACCCUUAUGGAACACUCCCUGCAAUGCCUCAAAUGUCUAUUGGUCGGGCUGGGAGUGCACCAUCUGUUCAGUAUGGAAUUUCCAGCAUGCCUGUGGUGCACAAACCUCCCCCUGUUAGAAUAUCUCCCUUAUUGACUUCUCGGUACCAUUCGCAAAGACGGAUUAGUUUUCCGGCAAGGAAAUAUCACCCUAAUAGUAACAACCCAAAGGUUUCAUUUUUCAAUGAUGAUGAAGAUACACCCAGCACACCAAAGGCUGAUGCUGUUUUUAUUCCUAGGGAAAAUCCAAGAGCUCUAGUCAUUCGUCCCAUAGAAAGUUGGCCUUCAAGAACUUCUUCCGAGAAGGCAUCUCCGUUGAAGGUUGCUUCCACUCAUGUGCAUGAGAAUGGCAAAAUUUCUGAUGAUGUCUCCAAUGCUGAGAAUGAAGAUGGAAAUCCAGGUGAAAACGGCCUUGUGAAGGAGCAAAUUCAUCCAGUCAGAGGUAGCCAGAAAGCUAGUGGAGUCCAUGAUGAUCAUUAUUCUCAGAAAGAGGAUUCAUACAUGACUCUCAAUGGCCAUAGAGCUGGUGAGGCUGCUAUCGUGUUCGAGCAUGGGGCUGACAUAGAGGCUCUAAUGCCGAAGCUUAAGCGGUCUGAUUACUAUACAGAACCUCGAAUCCAGGAACUGGCGGCAAAGGAAAGGGCUGAACCAGGGUACUGUCGGCAUGUCAAGGACUUUGUGGUCGGGCGGAAUGGUUACGGAAGCAUCAAGUUCCUGGGUGAGACAGAUGUGAGACGUCUGGAUCUGGAAUCCCUUGUGCAGUUCAACAACCGUGAGGUAAUUGUUUACAUGGAUGACACCAAGAAACCUCCUGUUGGACAAGGUCUCAAUAAGCCUGCAGUGGUAACGCUUCUUAACAUAAAGUGCUUCGAUAAAAAGACGGGACAGCAGUAUAUGGAAGGUCCGAAAGUCGAGAAAUAUAAGGAAAUGCUCAAAAGGAAGGCGGAGGACCAAGGAGCCGAGUUUCUUUCUUAUGAUCCUAUCCAAGGAGAGUGGAAAUUCAGGGUCAAUCACUUCAGCAGGUACAAGUUGGAAGAUGAUUACUGAAAAUGCGCUAUUGCAGAUUGAUAGGGACAAUGUUACAAUGCCUUCAUGCUAAGCGUUGAUAGGUAGUGUGUUCGAAUUGUACAAAAUUCAACCCAUCUCUGGUAAACCAAUGAAUUGUUGUCUUGUUCUUUCUUUCCUUCCCUUUUUUAUUUUGCAUUACAAAGAAAUCCGU